CAACUUUGCCCCAAGCCCCAACUUGACCAGAAGGGAGUAGCUAGACAGACGGAUCUGACCCCUCCUGGAUCCUGCAGCCAUGAGGCUCCUCUGGGGGCUGGUCUGGGCAUCUAGCUUCUUCGCCUUGUCCCUGCAGAAGCCCAGGUUGCUCCUGUUCUCUCCUUCUGUUGUUCAUCUGGGAGUCCCCCUGUCAGUGGGGGUACAGCUCCAAGAUGUACCCCCAGGACAGGUAGUGAAAGGAUCAGUGUUCCUGAGAAACCCAUCCUCUAAUAACGCCCCCUGCUCUCCAAAGGAGCACUUCACCCUCAGCUCAGAAAAAGACUUCGUACUUCUCAGUCUCCAGAUCCCCCCAAAAGACACAAGGAUCUGUGGCCUCAAUCACCUCCUCAGAGGCCCCAAGGUCCAGCUGGUGGCCCAGUCACCAUGGCUGAAGGGCUCUCUGGCCAAAAAUACAGACACCCAGGGUGUCAACCUGCUCUUCUCCUCUCGCCGGGGGCACCUCUUUCUGCAGACUGACCAGCCCAUUUAUAACCCUGGCCGAAGGGUUCGGUACCGGGUCUUUACUCUGGACCAAAAGAUGCGCCCCAGCACUGACACUAUAACAGUCACGGUGGAGAACUCUCAUGGCCUCCGCGUGCAGAAGAAGGAGGUACAUGCUCCUUUAUCCAUCUUCCAAGAUGACUUUGUGAUCCCGGACAUCUCAGAGCCAGGGACCUGGAAGAUCUCAGCCCGAUUCUCAGACAGCCUGGAAUCCAACAGCAGCACCCAGUUUGAGGUGAAGAAAUAUGUUCUUCCCAACUUUGAGGUGAAGAUCACCCCUGGAAAGCCCUACAUUCUGAUAGUGCCAGGCCAUCUUGGUGAAAUCCAAUUAGACAUCCAGGCCAGGUACAUCUACGGGAAGCCAGUGCAGGGGGUGGCGUAUGUGCGUUUUGGGCUCCUGGGUGAGAAUGGGGAGAAGACUUUCCUUCGGGGGCUGGAGAGUCAGACCAAGCUUGUGGAUGGCCAGAGUCACAUUUCCCUCUCAGAGGCAGAAUUCCAGGGUGCCCUGAAAAAGCUUAAUAUUAAUAUUCCUGACCUCUUGGGAAUGCGUUUCUAUGUUGCAGCAGCAAUCAUUGAGUCUCCAGGGGGGGAAAUGGAGGAGGCAGAGCUCACAUCCUGGCAGUUUGUAUCAUCUCCUUUUUCCUUGGAUCUUAGCAACACCAAGCGACACCUUGUACCUGGAGCCCCCUUCUUGCUGCAGGCCCUGGUCCGUGAGAUGUCCAGCUCUCCAGCCUCUGGCAUUCCUGUCAAAGUUUCUGCCACAUUGUCUUCUCCUGGGUCUGUUACCCAAACUCAGAACUUUCAACAAAACACAGAUGGGAAUGGCCAAGUCAGCAUUCCCAUCAUUAUCCCUCAGACCACCUCAGAACUGCAGCUCUUGGUGUCUGCAGGCUCCCUCCAUCCAGCUACAGCCAGGCUUGCUGUGAGAGCUCCCCCAUCGGAAGGCUCCGGGUUUCUGUCUAUUGAGUGGCUGAAUCCUCGACCCCCUCAUGUUGGGGAUACUCUCAAUCUAAAUCUGCGAGCUGUGGGCAUCAGUGGGGCCACCUUCUCGCAUUACUACUACAUGAUUCUAUCCCGGGGUGAGAUUGUGUCUAUGAAUCGAGAGCCCAGAAGGACCUUGACCACAGUCUCUGUGUUUGUGGAUCAUAACCUGGCCCCCUCCUUCUACGUUGUGGCCUUCUAUUAUCAUAGAGGCCUCCCAGUGGCCAACUCCCUGCGAGUGGACAUCCAGGCUGGGGCCUGUGAGGGCAAGCUGGAGCUGAAUGUGGACAGUGACAGGGAGUAUCGUGAUGGGGAAACUGUAAAGCUCCGUCUGCAAACUGACUCCCCAGCCUUGGUGGCACUGGGAGCUGUGGACACGGCUCUAUAUGCUGUGGGUGGCAGGUCCCACAAGCCCCUUGACAUGAGCAAGGUCUUUGAAGUUAUGAACAGUUAUAACCUCGGUUGUGGUCCUGGGGGUGGGGACAGUGCCCUUCAAGUAUUCCAGGCAGCAGGUCUGGCCUUUUCUGAUGGAGACAAAUGGACCUCCGCCAGAGAGAGUCUGAGCUGUCCUAAGGAGAAGAAAGCCCGGAAUAAAAGAAACGUGAACUUCCAUAAGGCAAUUAGUGAGAAGUUGGGCCAGUAUACUUCCCCAGCAGCCAAACGCUGCUGCCAGGAUGGGCUGACACGGCUGCCCAUGGCACGCUCCUGUGAGCAGCGGGCAGCUCGUGUGUUGGAGCCAGCCUGCCAGAAGCCCUUUCUGUCCUGCUGCCAGUUUGCUGAGAGCCUGCGUAAAAGCCAGGCCAGGGGCCAGGAGGGCCUUGGCAGAGUCAUGGAAAAGCUGCAGGAGGAGGACCUGAUUGACGAGGAUGACAUUGUUGUACGCAGCUUCUUCCCAGAGAACUGGCUCUGGAGACUGGAAUCAGUGGACCGUUCCAAAAUAUUGACACAAGUUCUUCCUGAUUCUCUGACCACAUGGGAGAUCCAUGGCGUGAGCCUGUCUGAAAGCAAAGGCCUAUGUGUGGCCACACCAGCCCAGCUCCGAGUGUUCCGUGAGUUCCACCUGCACCUCCGCUUGCCUAUGUCUGUCCGCCGUUUCGAGCAGCUUGAGCUACGGCCUGUCCUCUACAACUACCUAGAUAAAAACCUAACUGUGAGCGUCCAUGUGUCCCCAGUGGAAGGGCUGUGCCUGGCAGGGGGCGGAGGGCUGGCCCAGCAGGUGCUGGUGCCUGCAGGCUCUGCCCGGCCUGUUGCCUUCUCUGUGGUGCCCAUAGCAGCUGCUCACGUGUCCCUGAAAGUGGUGGCUCGAGGAUCCCUUGACUUCCCUGUGGGGGAUGCAGUGUCUAAGAUUUUGCAAAUUGAGAAGGAAGGGGCCAUCCACACAGAGGAGCUAGUCUAUGAACUCAACCCACUGGACCACCGAGCCCGGACUUUGGAAAUUCCUGGCAACUCUGAUCCCAAUAUUAUCCCUGAUGGAGAUUUCAGCAGCAUUGUCAGGGUUACAGCCUCAGAUCCACUGAAUACCUUGGGCUCUGAGGGGGCCUUGUCACCAGGAGGCUUGACCUCUCUCCUAAGGCUUCCCCAAGGCUGUGGCGAACAAACCAUGAUCUACUUGGCUCCAACACUGGCUGCUUCCCGCUACCUGGAUAAGACGGAGCAGUGGAGCAUGCUGCCUCCUGAGACCAAGGACCAUUCUGUGGAUCUGAUCCAGAAAGGCUACAUGCGCAUCCAGCAGUUUCGGAAGACAGAUGGCUCUUAUGGGGCAUGGUUACACCGGGACAGCAGUACCUGGCUCACUGCUUUUGUGCUGAAGGUACUGAGUCUGGCCCAGGAGCAGGUGGGUGGCUCACCUGAGAAGCUGCAGGAGACGGCCAGGUGGCUGCUGUCCCAGCAGCAGGCUGAUGGCUCAUUCCAGGACCCCUGUCCAGUGAUCCACAGGGGCAUGCAGGGGGGCUUGGUGGGAAAUGAUGAGACCGUGGCACUCACAGCUUUCGUGGCAAUUGCCCUUCAACAUGGGCUGUCCGUCUUCCAGGACGGAAGUGCAGAGCAGUUGAAGCAGAGAGUGGAAACCUCCAUCUCAAAGGCAAAUUCAUUCUUGGGAGAGAAAGCAAGUGCUGGGCUCCUGGGUGCCCAUGCAGCUGCAAUCACAGCCUAUGCCCUGACACUGACCAAGGCCCCUGAGGACCUGCAGAAUGUUGCCCACAACAACCUCAUGGCCAUGGCUCAGGAGACUGGCGAGAGCCUGUACUGGGGCUCCGUCGCCAGUUCUCAGAAUAAUGCUGUGUCACCCACCCUGACUCCUCGCAACCCAGCAGACCCCAUGCCCCAGGCCCCAGCCCUGUGGAUUGAAACCACAGCCUACGGCUUGCUACAUCUGCUGCUUCGAGAGGGCAAGGCAGAGAUGGCAGACCAGGCUGCAGCCUGGCUUACCCAUCAGAGCAGCUUCCGAGGGGGGUUCCGCAGCACCCAGGACACAGUGAUUGCCCUGGAUGCCCUCUCUGCAUAUUGGAUUGCUUCCCAUACCACCGAGGAGAAAGAACUCAAUGUGACUCUUACCUCCAGAGGCCGAAAUGGGUUCAAGUCCCAUGCGCUUCAGCUUAACAACCACCAAAAUCAGGGGGUAGAAGAAGAUCUACAGUUUUCCUUGGGGAGCAAGAUAAAUGUGAAUGUGGGAGGAAACAGCAAAGGAACCUUGAAGGUUCUUCGCAUCUACAAUGUCUUGGACAUGAAGAACACUACCUGCCAAGACCUUCAUAUUGAAGUGACAGUCCAGGGCCAUGUUGAGUACACGAUGGAAGCAAAUGAAAACUAUGAGGAAUAUGAUUAUGAGGAACAACUGGCCAAGGAUGACCCAGGUGCCCACGUGCAGCCCGUGACGCCCCUGCAGCUGUUUGAGGGACGGAGGAACCGCCGUAGGAGGGAGGCGCCCAAGGUGGUGGAGGAGGAGGAAUCCAGAGUGCAGUACACUGUGUGCAUAUGGCGGACUGACAAGGUGGGGCUAUCUGGCAUGGCCAUUGCAGAUAUCACCCUCCUGAGUGGAUUCCAUGCCCUGCAGGCUGACCUGGAAAAGCUGACCUCCCUCUCUGACCGUUACGUGAGUCACUUUGAGACCGAGGGGCCCCAUGUCCUGCUAUACUUUGACUCGGUCCCUACCUCCCGGGAGUGUGUGGGCUUUGGAGCAGUGCAGGAGGUGGCCGUGGGGCUGGUUCAGCCAGCCAGCGCAACCCUGUAUGACUACUACAACCCUGAGCACGAAUGUUCUGUGUUUUAUGGGGCACCAAGUAAGAGCAAACUUUUGUCUACCCUGUGCUCCAGGGAUGUCUGCCAGUGUGCUGAGGGAAAGUGUCCUCGCCAGCGUCGAACGCUGGAGCGGGGGCUGCAGGAGGAGGAUGGUUACAGGAUGAAGUUCGCUUGCUACUAUCCCCGUGUGGAGUAUGGCUUCCAGGUUAAGGUUCUCCGAGAAGACAGCAGAGCUUCCUUCCGCCUCUUUGAGACCAAGAUCACCCAAGUCCUGCACUUCACCAAGGAUGACAAAGCCACUGCCCAUCAGACCCGCAACUUCCUGGUUCGAGCCUCUUGCCGCCUUCAUUUGGAACCUGGGAAAGAAUAUUUGAUCAUGGGUCUGGACGGGGCCACCCAUGACCUUAAGGGAGACCCCCAAUACCUGCUGGACUCGAAUAGCUGGAUCGAGGAGAUGCCCUCUGCACGCCUGUGCCAGAGCACCCGCCAGCGAGCAGCCUGUGCCCAGCUCAGGGACUUCCUCCAGGAGUAUAGCACUCAAGGCUGCCAGGUGUGAGGGCUGCCCCCCUGCUUCCCUCAAGAGGGGCCGGAGCCAGAGAGAGAUGAUGCCUGCACAUGCUGCUGCUCCUGGUCCCCUGAACACAGCCCCCAGACAGGGUUGGAGUCAUAAUAAAGGCCUUUGGAACAAAGUGUCAA